AUGAGUAGUCUUUUGGCAAAAAGACCAAAAAUUAAAGAUACGCGAGUUAUUGACAACAGUAAUGAACAUUUUUCAGGUAUAAAUAAAAUUGAAUUUUGUAAUAAUCAACUGGAAAAUCAAAAUGAAACUCUGUGUUAUCGCUAUUACAACCAUGCUGAAAAGAUUAACGGUCACAAUAUUGAUGAAUGGUUACGCUUCAUAAUAAAUUAUAAGAAUGUUUACGAAAAAUCCAACGUUUCAAAUACAUUUGAAAAAUUGAAAUCAACUCUCGUACAACCAUGGGAUGAUGGAACAUCUACAGUUGAAAAUUAUAAGCGAAGAAUUCGUGCGUUUUACGAAUUAAUGUUGAAAUUGGGAAUGAAAUAUUGGACAGCUGCUAUAGAAGAUAUUGUUCCACCGUGUGAAACAUUAGAUGAAAUAUUUCAUCACUACGACGAUAUUGCUGAUUUCAUAAAUGAAUUACAUCAAAGAACUGGAAUAAAGUUAGCCUGGUUAUCCACAGACUUUCCAUUUUUGGAGAAUGAUGGCAAAUUAAACAAUCCUGCAGAUCAAGCUCAAAUGUUUUCUUUAUAUGGUCAACAGAUAAAAAAGGCUAUGGAAAUGGCUCAAAAAUUGAACACAGACGGUUUCCUUAUCAAUUGUCCAUCAUCAUCAGAAUAUCAAAAUACAAUAUGCGUGAAUACCAAUGUUUCAAAUGAACUGAAAAAUUAUGCAAAAAUGUUGAAAAUGAUAGCAGAUUACAAAGAUUAUAUUGGAUAUCGUGGCGAACUUUUGAUUGGCAUUAGUAAUAAUAAUAAAAUUAAUCAUAAUUGUGUCGAAAUGUUUCCAGAUCACCAGAAUAAUUAUUUAUUUGAUGCUUUUAGCACUUUAUGUUUUUUAAAGCAGUACAACUUAGAUAAACAAUUUCGUAUUAAAAUUCAAACACCUCGCGAAUUUUUAAUGAUUUCAGAGUAUACGGGAAGCGUGGGAGCAAUUGAUUUAUCUACAACACCAACAAUAAAAACUUGUGUGACAAUAAUGAAAACAAUAUUUGAUAAUGGUUUAUCACACACUCCACCAGGCAUUGUUAUAAACGGUUUAAGUUUAAGAAGUAACGAUUAUAAAAACAUUUUUGAAGAUUUUAUAGCCGAUAUUGAUACGUAUGUGGCAUCAUUACACGUAGUUUUUAAAAUGUACUCAGAAGGCAUUAUAACAAAAAAUGUUCAUGGUUAUACAGGAAGUACAUCAUUUCCCAAUUCACUAAAAGAAUGUGACGAACAAGCUAGAAAAAUUAAUAUCAUCCAAUUGUUUAAACAUAUUACACCGAAUAACACUUCACAUAAACGACACUGGGAUAUUUUAAUAGAACGAUUCAAAAACAAUUUAUAA